UCCUUAUGAUACAGCAAAUUAUUCUUUAAGAUCAGGAGAUAUUUACAUUUUUCUCGUAUAGGAUUACGUUGUCCAGUGAGGGAGCUGGGAAGCUCUCUACUCAAGUCUUGACAUAGCAAACCUCGAGUUCCUUUGAGCCCAGAAUCUAAUUACUCUUUCAUCUGAGGGUGAGGAGCUGUCUCCACAUGCAACGAGAGCUUACGGCUGACUCUUCUGUCUGAUCUCAUUCUGGGAGACAAUUUGCAAAGUAGGACAUCAAGCCACUCUACACUUCCGAGCUCGUCCCUGUCGCCUUGCUUGUGGACUUUCUUCUAGCGAAGGAAGGGGUAGUUCUUGAUGUGUAAUUAUUGUUAUUACUUUUGUAACAAUAAUUAUAUUUUUAAUCUGGCUAAUUGUUCUUCGCGAACAGCUUCUCCGGAAGAGGAUCUGCCAAUAGUUUUAUAUCGUGGAGAGAAAACAUUGUGCCCAAUCUUAUCAGCCAAGCCAGGGUUCGAACAAAAGUCCUCUCGCUUGUGAGGUGUGUUUUAACUACUGCAUAACAGAAUAAUAAGGCCUUUACCGAAUAAUAAUAACAAUAAUAACAUUAAUAUCAUUACUAUUACCUUUACUCGAGUAUUGAAGUUGUAUAAAUAUUCGAAACUAUCUAUAUCUUCCGUAAAAUUGGCAACUUCACUGUUACAAAAGCUUGGCUGGCGCUAUGCAGUGAUGCUUCUUGCUCCGCGUCGCCUCCAUCAAGUUGGGUAAACUCACAAUCGUCUCUGAACUAUUUCUUUGUUAUGCUGCUUUCCCUCAGCGAGGGGUCUCUGUUGUCUCUCUAACCUUCUCUCACACCAGAACUAUUGCUUCACAUUUUACUUGCGAGUCCCCUUCUGGCUGGGAUUCCUCAAGCAAGCUAACUUCCUCGCUUGAAAACAACUUCACCUAAAACUGACUCGAACUUUCCCUUCUCAACCUACAUCAGACUUGUCAACUUCUUCGCCUGUAAACCUACUUCGUCUAAAAAUUGCCCAACUUUGCUUUCUGCCUCUCAUUCCGCCUAAACAACUUCCUCACUUAGGUUAACAACUUCGCCUGAAACUAACCCCCUCGCUUUCCGUGUCUGCGCUUCCCGCAGGUUGGGCGACUUCUUCAGCUACAACAGCGGGUGUCCCCAGGGGUGGAUGCAGAUCAGCGAGCGGGACAGGCCCUACACGGACGGCUACUGGUGCGGGGACGGACGGGGCUUCAACGUUUACUUCAGCGAGACCGCCACCACCACCCUCACGCUGAAGAAGUUCAUCCCUAUGGACUACAUUCACUUUGAGGGCUUGCUGCAGUCACCGUUCAACUUCCGCCUCACCUACAAGACGCUGCGACGAAGCGACGCCAUACUGCGUUACGGCAACUCUACCUCGCCCAAGAACCGCGGAGACCUGACCGACGGCUCGCUCUGUGACCGCAUCUUCCUCAACUGCGACCAAAACAUAUGUUCGGUGCAGAGUCCCAACUUCCCCGGCCUCUACCCUCGCCACGUCACCUGCCACUUCCUCAUACGCCAGACACGCUACGUGCCCUACGAGAAGCCCCUCAUCACCAUAUACCAGGACAACCCUCUCAGGUUCAACGUCAAGGCCAACUCCGCCCUCCCGAGCCAAGGGCUCACUUCUCCAGGUUUACAGAUAUGGGGAUCAUGUGACCUGGUACACGACCACCUGCUGGUGUACGACGGCAACUCUACAGACUCACCGCUCUUCCUGAAGGUGUGUGGGUCAGGGUCGCUGCCGCCCAUCACCUCCACGGGGCCGGAAAUGUUGGUCGUCUUCAGCACCUCGCGCUUCGACGAGCCCACUCAGGAGACGCUCAUGCCAAGGACCUUCGGCUUCGAGUUGGACGUCAAGGUCACUUACCUGAACAUGGACUCGAGGCAGUUCGCCCGGAAUCGCCAAUGCGUGUUCCACAUCUUCGGCGCCAACAACGCCAGCGGGGAGAUAGUGUCGGUAGUUAACACGCAAUCACAGAAUUCCUCGUGCGUGUAUCUCUUCCAUGGGGAGCCUCACGAGGUAGUUUGGGUGCACUUCCGCAAAUACGAGAUCGCCCCGAAGAUGGGCCACUACACCUACAAUAUGACCGAGUGCAUCAACCCGCUCAGGAUCUACGACGGAAACUUCUUCGACCCAAGCAUACCAUACGGCUCACCCAGACGCGCCCGCCUCAUCCAGGAGCACUGCACGGCGCGUCCUCCGCCCAUGUGUGCCCGGGAAUACCUUCCACCUCGCCGUGGGCUCUCUGCCCCAGUUAAGGCUUGUACCAGGAAUGAAAGUUACGUGGCUGAUGGGCCCAAACUGACGGUGGUGCAGCACUAUAAUGAGUCCACCGCUGCUCUUGCUAUGGACUUCAUCUUGCGCUAUGAGUUCGUCAACACCCGACCCGGAUACAGCCCAACUAACGGCAGCGAGUGUGAUUUUGAAGCCAUCAGCGACGGGUACUCGCUCCGUACGGGUCGGGUAUUUUCCCCAAGGACGUCGGUGCUGUACGGAAGGUGGGGACGACGUAAGCUGUCCUGCCAGUAUCGCCUCACUGCCCACAGUGAUGAGGUCGUGCGUGUAACCAUAACCAAAUUUCACAGUGUGUCUCGCUCAUGCGUCACAACCACAAACAACUUCACUGGCAGCUACGACUGCGAUAGCCGGGCGGGCCAGACCGCUUCACUUGUCGUCUCAGAGUAUCCCUGGCAGGAAGUUGAAGUGCCAAGACUCUGCACCUGUGAUAUCUCGGCCAUUCCCAUUGAGUACGAGUCUAAAUCACAAGAAUUGAGGCUCAGAUUCGAAGUCAGCAAUAUGGACGAAACUCACGAUUAUCUCGAUUUCAUGUUUGAAGCUCAGUACGAGUUUGUCAAGAAGACGUCUUGCAAAAAAGAGCAAAGACUUCAGGGCACUAAUGGUGAAAUAGUGUUCCGGAAGGCUAACCUCACAGAGCACAAACCGUGUGAUAACUACCCGUGGCUUCUCCAGACCUCUGAUGCCGAGAAGUCCAUAUACUUUAGAAUACGAGGUUAUGACCACAUCGACAAGAACUGCACUACUGGCACACGACUCCUAGUCUUCAAAGUGGGUCGUCUGAGGCCAGUUGCCGUCCUCUGCCCGGACUCCUCCACCAAAAAUGUGGUAGAGUUGUACAGCUUCGCUUGGCAAGGUUCCGGCUCACUGGUGGAGCAGUCGACAGACAAGCUGGUGCUGGAAGUGUCUGGACGGGACAGCACCCGCGAUCCGGGUCCACACACACUCUCGUGGCUUCAGGUGUCUCCGGUGCGCCAGUAUGACUGGUCAUCUGAGGGCAUCGUGCGCGGGUGCCAGGAAGAGUGCCCGGAGUUGCGUGUGUGCAUCAGCGAGAACCUCUGGUGUGACGGUGUACAUCACUGUCCCUCAGGAUACGACGAGCUUAUCGCCCACUGCUUCUUCCUCUCCGUGCCGUGGGCGUACAUCGCGGUGGGCUCCGCCCUGAGCGUCCUCCUGCUGGUGGGCGUGACAGUGUACGGCGCGGCCAGACUCCGUGCCGCGGAUAAGAAGACCCACCAGCACCAGCCCAUACCCACGCUGCCCACGGCCUCCGAGUCCCUCUUCUCCUCCGACAAGGAUGCAGCGGAGCGGGACGGUGGCGUGACCUCUGCCUACAGCUUGGACUACAGCGAGGUGGACUACGUUACUACUUUAUGAGAACCAAACCAGGUAGCCACUUACACCACAACCACCCUAGCCACGUUCACAACACCAUCAACCAGCACCAUCCACCCAACAAACGCCCAAGAUGUGUCUACCUCCCAACCCUCUGCCAGCCGCACAGACGACAACGCUGACAACCUGCGACCACGCACGCUCAACGCUCGACCACGCACUCUUAACACCCGACCAGUCUACCCUAACAACGAAUUCCACACCCAGCCACCUACGUCCUCCACCCGCGACACCCACCCACCCCCAGUCAACAGAUCGUACCUCUACACCCUGGCCGCCCUCAACACCCAUCCACUGGCCGCCCUUAACACGCCCACCAGUCACCCACGUCGUGCUCACUAGAAAAUUCCAGCAGUAUUUUUAGGAUUUUUGAUGUGCUCUUCCAGUUCGUUCUGUUCCAGUUUUUCUCUAUCUCAGCUGACUAAGGGGAAAAAUUACAAUAAGUCCAAAUUGGAUACUAAUUCCGAUUGCAUGGUUCACGUUCCUCUGACGUUCCCUAGAGGCAUCUGAUGCAUUAUCUGUCAUUGUCUGGUAAAAUGGUUUGUAUAUCUAUAUGACUUAUUGAAUAAAUUAGCCACAACUGUGUUCCCUUCAAUGCCAUUAUAGUUACGUGCAAGAAAUUCCCUCUCACGUACAACUUCCGCAUAUAUAUAUA